GAGGGAGGAGGGACACUGUUGGGAGGUUGUCCUCUCUCAGCACUGUUCUGGCUGGUGUUCCCAGGGGCUUCAGCCCGGGGACGAUGGUGCACACAUGGGUGGCUGCUUCUGCAUCCCUGGGGAGCGGAGUCUGUCCUGGGUCCCAGGUAAAGACACUCCUUCCAAGGAUACAAGCACAUCGAGCGAAUUUAUAUCAUCAUCUGAAUGCAAGGAAACAUGUUUCCUGCCACAGAACAUGACUCCAGAUCUAACACUCUCUUUCUGUGUGAAGAGCCGCUCCAGAAGGUGUGUAAAUGGCCUUUUGCAGGAAGCUGCCAGGAGGAGGCUCUGGGCUCUGGAGAAUGAGAACCAGGGGGUGCGUGCACUGUUUAAGGACCUUUCAGCAAGGUUGGUGAGUAUCCAGUCCCAGAAGUCCCAGUUUCUCAUCACCUUCAAGACCAUGGAGGAAAUCUGGAAGUUCUCCACUUACCUGAAGCUAGGCUAUGUGUCCACCUGUCUGGAGCAUCUUCUCUUUGACCACAAGUACUGGCUUAACAUCAGGUUGGUGGAGGAUACCGAGAUCCAAGUCUCAGUAGAUGAUAAACACCUGGAAACAAUAUACCUGGGACUCCUGAUACAGGAAGGUCACUUCUUCUGCAAAGCCAUGCGCUCAGAGUCUCAGCCAACUGAGACAGAAGGGGACUGUUUAACUUUUUGCAAGAAUGAACUAAUCUCUGUGAAGAUCACUGAAGGAGAGGCCCAGUGGGAAGGAGUAUCCUUGGUGACAGGUCAGAGGGGCCUGGUGACUGUGUCAGCCUUGGAGCCCCUGCGGCUUCCUUUCCACCAAUGGUUCCUAAAGAAUUAUCCAGGAAGCUGUGCCCUUCCCAAGAAAGGGGAUUGGACAGGCUCUUAUCACAUUGGCAGAGGGAAGUGUAAAGCCCUGAAGGGCUAUGAAAAAGAAGAAGAGGAUGAACUGAGUUUCUGCCGGGGAGAAAACAUCGAGAUCAUUGGUUUUGUCAUACCUGGGCUUCAGUGGUUCAUUGGGAAGUCAAGUCGCUCAGGGCAAGUGGGCUUUGUCCCCACUAGGAACAUAGAUCCUGAGUCUUAUUCCCCAAUGAGCAAGAACUCCGCCUUCUUCAGUGAUGAAGAAAGAUGCUCACUAUGGGUGCUGGAAAGUGACAAGAGAGAAGAGUGUACCAGCUUUCUCCACUUGCUUGCUCACACUGAUAUAACAUCUGUCUACCGACUUAGUGGAUUUGAAUCCAUCCAGAAUCUUCCAAAGGAGCUGAGUGCAUUCCAACCCGAAGGGUUCAAGGAAGCCAGGUCUGGUGGAGCUUGGGAAGAGCAUCAGGGCAUGGGCUCCACACAGUCCAACAGCUCGGAGGACUCCAGUCCAGAAGAAGAGCUCCUCUCCGCUGCCUCUGACAGCUAUCACCUGCCAGAGCCUGAUGACCUUGAUGACCCAGAAUUGUUCAUGGACCUAAAUGCUGGUCAAGAGGAAGAGGAAGCUAAGGACUUUGUCCCCAUAUUGACUUUUCUGGAUCAUGAAGGUUAUGCUGACCACUUUAAAAGCCUGUAUGAUUUCUCUUUCUCUUUCCUCACUACUUCCUUUUACAGCUUCUCUGAGGAAGAUGAACUUGUGGCUUACCUAGAAGCCUCAAGGAAGUGGGCAAAGCGGAACCACAUGACCUGGGCUCAUGCUCGGCUCUGCUUUCUCUUGGGUCGGCUUAGUGUCAGGAAGAUAAAACUCUCUCAGGCCAGGGUGUACUUUGAGGAGGCCAUCUACAUUCUCCAUGGAGCAUUUGAUGACCUGCCCUUGGUAGCUGCUCUGUACAUAAAUUUGGCUGCCAUCUACCUCAGGCAGAGGUUGAAGAAAAAGAGCUCUACCUUGCUGGAAAAGGCAGGGGCCUUGUUGGCCUGCCUGCCUGACCAUGAAUUUACUGCCAAAAAUGAGCUUGACUUGGUGGUCUAUGUGCUACGCCAGGGGAUUGUGGCAGGCAGUAGCCCUUUGGAGGCCCGGGCCUGCUUAAUGGCCAUCCGAUUGCUUCUAAACCUAGGCCGGCAUGAUGAGGUCCUGCCCUUUGCUGAGCGUCUUAAGCUCCUCUCUGGACACCCUUCUGCCUCGGAUGCUAUGAGCAACAUCUUGAGUUUUCUGUAUGACAAGAAAUAUCUUCCACACCUUGUAGUGGCCUCUGUUCGGCAACGUGGUACCCAAAGUGUCCAAGGGAUGUAUCUUUCUAUUUGGCAGGCCCACCUGGUCCUCCAAAAUGUCACCAAGCUCCUUGGCAUUCCUUUCCAAAGCUGGGAUGAAGUUUCUGCCCUUGCCUGCCCAUCACUUAAGCAAGCACUUGUUGCCUGUGAGGAGCAGGCAGACCGGAACACCCAGAGGGCCUUGUGUCUCAUCCUGUCCAAAAUUUACCUCCAAUAUAGAUCUCCUGAUGGUGCCAUCUGCUACCUGAGCCAAGCCUUGGCACUAGGACAGCAGCUGAAUGACCUGGAAGCCUUUGAGUCUUCCCUCUGCCUGGCAUGGGCCUAUCUCUUAGCCAGCCAACCAAAGAAGGCUUUGGACAUUCUUGAGUCACUCUUAUGUUCCCUGAAGGACACAGACAGUGUCACCCAGAACGGGGUGGUCCAUAACCUCAUAGGACUGGCACUUCAGGCUGAAGGCUGGGUGAAUAGAGCAGCUAAGAGCUAUCUCCGGGCCUUGAACAGAGCUCAGGAAAUGGGGAAUACACGUAACCAAGCGGUAUCUCUGGCCAAUCUUGGCCACCUGACCCUUAAGUCACGAGCUCAGCAGCCAACCAGGAACUAUCUCAUGAAGGCCGUCCGACUCUAUUCUGGACUCCAAGCUAGCAAGGAGACAGACUUGGAAUUGAUACAGGUGCUUCUCUGGUUGGCUCAAGUCCUGGUGUAUGGACGCCAGCUGGCCAGUGGCCGCCUUUAUUAUGAAAUGGCAUUGCUAUUUGGCUUAAUGCAUCGGCAUCUAAAGAGCCAGCUUCAGGUCACCAAAUCCCUCUGCCAUUUCUACAGCUCUGUGUCCCCAAGCCCUGAGGCAUGCAUUACAUACCAUGAACACUGGUUGGCCCUGGCUCAGCAACUCAGGGACCGGGAAAUGGAAGGGAGGCUGCUGGAGUCACUUGGACAGCUCUACCGGAACCUCAACACAGGCAGGUCCCUCAAGAGAUCCCUCAUCUGCAUUAAGGAGAGUCUGCGUAUCUUCAUUGACCUGGGGGAGAGAGACAAGGCUGCUGAGGCCUGGCUUGGGGCAGGGCGCCUCCACUACCUCCUGCAGGAAGAUGAGCUGGUAGAGCCAUACCUUCAGGCAGCUGUCCAGACAGCCCUGAAGUCAGAUGAGCCCUCCCUGGCUCUUAAACUCUAUGAAGAAGCUGGUGAUGUGUUCUUCAAUGGGACCCGCAAUAGGCAUCGGGCAGUGGAAUAUUACAGAGCAGGGGCUGUUCCUUUAGCAAGAAGGAUGAAAGCAGUCAGAACCGAGCUCCGGAUUUUCAACAAGUUGACAGAGCUGCAGAUCAGCCUUGAAGGUUAUGAAAAAGCAUUGGAAUUUGCCACCCUGGCUGCUAGACUCAGCACAGUCACAGGAGAUCAGAGGCAGGAACUGGUGGCUUUUCACCGCUUGGCUACAGUAUAUUACACCUUGCAUCUGUAUGAGAUGGCUGAGGACUGCUACCUGAGGACUCUGUCCCUCUGCCCACCGUGGCUGCAAAGUCCCAAGGAGGCCCUGUACUAUGCCAAGGUGUAUUAUCGUCUGGGACGACUCACCUUCUAUCAGCUGAAGGAUGCCCAUGAUGCCACUGAGUACUUCCUGCUGGCCCUGGCAGCAGCGGUCCUGCUGAACGAUGAGGAGCUGCAGGAUACCAUCAGGAAUAGGUUGGAUGACGUCUGUCAGAGCACCCUGUGGUACAGCUGCCCCUCCGGGCGCUCUUCAGAGAGGGCAAGGUGGUUGAGUGGUGGUGGACUGGCCCUCUGAGAAGAGCUAAUCCCACCUUAUCCAGACAACAUGGCCAGA